AUGACAGCCGUUCAUGAAAACGGCGUGCCCCACCUGCACAUUACUCCCCCUGAGCAUCGUGUGCCUGCAGCCCUGCACAUGGACGAAGGGCCAGCUAGUGCACACCCCUCCAAAAUGUACCAGCGCCCAGGAUCUGCCCCACCAGGACCUGGGAUCGAUUCCAUGGGCAAUCCUUCCAAUGUAGUUGUGUCUCGCCGCGCUCGAGCAUCAGCUCACGUUGAGCAGCGUCCCGCGCGGCUCUCUCGGGAGCUUGACGAGCGUCGCUCCUGGACCCUUCCACCAGAGCAAGAUGAGGAGGAGCAAGACUUGACCCGUGUCAACACAAGCAUCACACCGCAAUGCCAGCACAUUAUCAAUGAGUUGCUCAAGACAGAACGCGACUAUGUGCGCGACCUUCAGUCCAUUGUUCAAAUCUAUUGCCGGCAGUUUGAGAUAUCACUGCCCAGCAGUGAAUGCGAGACAAUAUUUGGCAACAUACGCAGCAUCCUUCACCUUCAUGCGGGCUUUCUUCGCCAGCUCGAAUCUUGUGUUCGCCAAUCCCCUGUGCUCAUCGGCCGACUUCUGGCGCACAACGGCAACAAGUUUAUGAUUUACGAAAAGUACUAUGUCAACCAUCCUCAAGCUGUAGCCAUGCUUCAGACAAAGUCGACUCAGGAUGGGUUCAAUGCCAUGCGCCUCGGGUGCCAAAUGCUUGCCGGCCAUCAGCUACCGUUGGCAGACUACCUGCUAAAGCCCGUGCAGCGUCUGCUCAAAUACCCACUGUUGCUCAGCGAGCUUCUCAAGGCUACACCCACAUCCGCGCCGCACUAUGCUGACAUUGAGCAAGCUGGCAGCAUCUUCAAAGAGGUGGCCACCCGCAUCAACGAGAUCAAGGCUCGCAAUGAAACGGCCGAAUACGUACGGGAGCUUGAUGCCUGCGUUGCGGGCUGGGAUGGUCUGCCCCUGACACACUUGGGUGCGCUCAGUGAGGUCGCCACCAUGCGCAUUACCGAGGACAACCACAGCAAGCGGGCCGAGCGCUAUGUCAUGCUCUUUGAAGCUGCCGUGGUUGUUUGCAAAUGGAAAUCGUCCGAUGCCGUCCAGAUCAAGCGCAUGUGCUUUAUGGAUAAGUUCUGCCUCAACACGUCACUCAACGACGGCAAUGCUUUUCGCAUGGAUAUGACCCCGGGCAGUAAGCUCAGCGGUCUCACCUUUCACUGCGAAUCCGAACGCGAAAAGCAAUACUGGGUGCAUCGCAUCAAAAAGCUCCUGACCCAGUUUUACGCCAGCAAACGGCACUCAGACGACAUGAUCGACGCCUGGCAACAAUCGCGCACGGUUGGCAAAGCUACCAACGCGCCGCGAUGGCGCGAUGCCAAGGGCGGUGUCGUUGCUCCGACCAGCAAAGCCAAGCGGAGUAAGGGCAUUGCCCGGCUGACGGCCGUCCCCCAUCGUCGUGGCUCUGGCAUCGAUGCAAUGUUCGCGUUGCCAGUCACUGCCGCAGGCAAUGAGGAUACGCGCGCUGCCAUGCAUAUUGUUGACACAACACGUCGCAACUCUCGACCCAUCGAGGGCUGCGUAGAUGAUGAGGAAGAUCACACCGAGCCCAUCACCCCAACCUCGCCCAGCUUCAUCAAGGCUGGCAAGUGGAUGGUCCGCUUGACCUUCCCGGGCGGUACUCAUACCAAGGUGCUGGCCUCGCCCGGACAAACGCUUCACGCCGUGUUCGCCAAAGCCCUUCUCAAACGUGGCAUCAACGUUGGAUCCCACGUCCUCCGUCGAGAUGACGACCCCGGAAAGCCCCUGGACUGGUCAGACAUGAGCAAUGACUUGGCCAACUGCGCAGGCGUCACCGUGCGCCCAGCCCGCUCUCUAUUCGAGGGGUCGACACUAUCCUCCUCCACAGAGACGGGUGAGCCUGAUGUUGAGGUGGCCGAGUAUGAUCAGGGGCGCCUCGAGCGCCGCUCCACGCGCACCGACAGCUAUGCCUCUUCAGUCAGUGGCCGUGGCUUGAACGAUGACGAUGGUUAUGAUCGCUUGCACGACGUCGCGGACCCUGUUGAUGAUGCCCUUGAAAGUUCACUGGACUUGACACAGCGGCUCCCCGUUGCCACUGACUUGCCAUCAGCCUCGCUUUCCCACACCGGUAACCAAGAGUCCGUCGGCGCAGCCAACGUGCCCACGGCAUGGGGCUCGGCAGCGCCUUCGGCCGUGGCCAGCAUUGAGGAAACUGCCUCUGGUCACUUCACGAAAGCCGCCGUCGCACCCACUUGGCGCCUCACUCUGCAGGGCGGAGAGCAGCUGCCGGGAGAGACCAGCACUGAUGAGGUGCCGCGCGUACCUCUCUGGGCGACGCGCUCCAGUACAGAGACUCUCCCGCUUCCCAGCAAAACGUCUUCGCGGUCUUCUAUUCCUGUCGAUAUUUCGAUGUUGGGCAAAACUUUGCCCAAGCCUCGUCGUCGACGCACCAACCCAAAUUACGACGGGGAACUGGCUGUGCACGAACAGCAAGCAAAAGAAGGCCGCCCAGUGACGUCUUGCCCUGCGCCCCGUUCCGACCAAACACCCGCCUCGAUCACCGGCGGCAACGCCGGCGUUGGGCAGAUGGUCAAUGGUUCGGCGGUCGGCAGUCCCGAGAUCGAGGCCGGCACGCAUCCAACUGAGCGGAAUUCUGCACCUUCUGCGCGAGCACCGCUGAAGCAACUGAGCGUCGAGGAGUUGGUCGCCUGUCUGACCGUCACCACCAGCAACGGUCGUGCCAGCACCGAUCCCUAUGACAACCUCAACGAUGUGGGGAUCAACGAUGAGCCGGAAGACACCAAUGAGUCCCUGUACCAAAACAUCAAGUCUUUGCAGGGGUCAAAGGCGUCACUCGAUCUGGACGGACUUUACAGUGGCCGCUCCAGCAAACUGGAACCACAAACCUCCCUUGAAUUAGAUGGUCUCUACAGUGGGCGCUCCAGCAAGCAAGAGUCCUCUGUCUUGGCUCUGGCGGCAAGUGGCCAGCCUCCCCAUAGAACGCGGCAGUCCUCCGAGUCUCCAUUGCCUAUUUGCGUAUCCGGGCGCACGCCCAGCCCGGCGUCGGGAAGCAAACCGCUCUUGCCUCCCAAACCCGCCCACCUCAAGCUCGCGUCGCAGUUUGAUCGCGAACGAGCCGCACCUCGGCCGGCGGCGUCACAAUCCAAUCCGUCGCCUGUGGUUUUGGAGCAUCCGUCUGAGGCCGUCUCUUUGCCCCGUAGCAACAACAUCACCCCGACUGCUGCGGCCGUGCCAGCCCCGGUGUUCCCUGUUUCCCUCGGCACAGCAAAGGACGAGGCCCAGAGUAAUGCUGGGGCUAUGCAGGCAUGCAAAAGUGAUGCUCGCUCGCUGAGCAGCUCUCCCGCCGAGGGGGUCAUCAACCGCGUGCUGCAGCUUCUCAACGGAGAUGUGCGGAUGAAUACACCCACGCGCCUGAAUCGCGGUGGGCGUGGCCUACCGAGCGCCUUUGACGAUGAGGGUGACGAUGGCAAUGAUGGCGAUGAUGACGAUGACGACGACGACGACGACGACGACGACGAUGACGUUGAUAAUGAUGGCGUCGAAGGCGAACAUGAAGCAUCUGAUGAAGCAACGGGGGGCUACCACUCACCCAGCAUUGCAGAGUCAAAGGCUCAGGCCCAAGAGGGCGAUCAUACCUUCAGGGGUACUCUGGAGGAAAUGCCGGCUUUGACUUUGGAGGCGCCACGCUUUCGAACUCGGGAGGCGUUUUUAGCCGCUCGGUCACGCUUCAUGGGUACUGCGGAAACGUCGACCCAUGCACGGUUGGGGCGGCAAUCCAUUUCAUCAGAACCCCAGGCGCGUGCUUUGGCGUUUAAGGAGGGACAAAGCCAGGAUCGCCGUGGCUCUCACGAUCUCCCACCGCCGCCUCGGCUCGAGCGCCGCCUGAGUGCGCGCUUUGAGACAACGUUGCCCGCAUCAGAACGACUGCCAACAGGCAACGCGGUGCGUGGCAGCGCCCGUGCAUCGACUUUAAGCUUUCGCGCAGGCACGGCGGCUGAUUUUGCAGGAGGAGAGACAACCGCCGCAACGCUAGGCUUGGCUCUGAGUUCACAUACUACGGCCUCAGCUCGAAGUUCCGUGUCCAUUGUCGACGUGGAUAAUGAGGCUCAGGUAGCUGCUGCGUCUUCGGGCGUGCCAUGGAUUUCCGCGCAUACUGCGACGCAAGCUCCAAAUCUACACGAGGAGCAACGCCUCGUGUCCGUCAGCGACGCUGUGCGUCGCUUCAACUCUGCGUCGCCCACGCUAUCACGCGGGCGACGCCAGACGGACUCGCAGCCGCGUUCUCGAAUCCCGGCUUUGGCGGUUUCGCGUCUCAAUCGCAAGGGCUCGCGCUCCCAGGUCUGGCAGCCUUCUCGAAAAGCAUCCCAGGAGAAUCUUACCAGCACCAACGUCCGAGACCUGACACGGCAGUUUUCGAAUCUCAAUCGCAGUCCAGGGAUUCGUCGAAACGGUGGUUCCGGGAAGCGCCGCGCCAACUCUCCAGGCGCUUUACGCAUGGCGACAACGCUUCAGGCCCCGAGCUCGCCCAUGGCGCGCUCGGUCGUCUCCUCACCCUCUUCUUCUCCGGUGCCCAGCAAAAAAGGCCUUUCCUCAGCCGAUCAUCGUCGCAUGGCUCUUGGACCGGAGGAGGAACACGUAGCACCUGUGGCCGCGCGUCCGCGAGAAUUAGUCAAGACAUCUCGCGUGCAAGACGCUGUAUGGGCCAUGAAUCAGACUCUGGCUGGACCUGAGCCUCGCAGCAGUCCAUCCACCUCGAUCUCGCCUCCAAUCCGACAGUCUACAGGCACCCCAAGUGAAGUCAUUCAAGUGGCCAAACCACGUACCUCUGUUUUCCAAGUGGUGCCCGCUGUGGCAGCAAACGCCCAAGGCGACGACAGCAAAGCUGUACUGGCUCGCUGGCGGUUCUCAGUCGAUACAAGUCGCCGUACUGAGGUUUAG